GUUCUCCUAGACAUGGUUUCUCUCACCUUUCUUACAAGUUCAAGUUCUUUCAGCCUCAUUCUUGGCCUUCUCCGACUGGAUUCUGGGUUCUCGCUUCGAUUGAAGAUAUCGUAAGACUGGUCGUCAAGGACCUGCUUGCUGCCUAAAUCCUUGUGAACAUGGCAUCGAGUUGUCUUCAGAGCAGUGACAAUGCAUUUGGACCAAUUGUCCAAGGAUGUCGCUCAAAUUUCGACUUCACGCUUCUCUUCGAACAAAGCAUCCUCUCAAUUGGACCUGCAGCAUUGUUCCUCCUGGCCGCGCCUCCAAGGUUAACCAGCCUCUUUAAAUCCAAGAAAAAAACGAUUCCAAAUCGAUACCGCACUUUCAAGGCUAUUACAUGUUUACUUCUUCUCGGUAUCCAAUUGGGACUAUUGGUACUAUGGAGCACAUAUCGAGUGACGCGCGCCACAGUUCCUUCUGCGGUGCUUUCGUUUCUGGCUUCGGUGCUGGUCUUACCAUUAUCGCGUCUUGAGCAUAAUCGUUCUAUCAAGCCCUCAUCGUUAUUGUCUGUUUACCUCUUGGUAUCAGUUGCCUUUGAUGCUGUUCAAGUCCGCACCCUGUUCCUCAGGCAUGAUGAGUCAGCCAUCUUAGGUCUCUUCACUACAAGCGUCGGCCUCAAGCUUGUCCUCCUGUUACUUGAGAGCUUGAAUAAACGCAAAUAUCUCCGGGCGCCCUACAGUACCUACCCGCCAGAAUCCACAAGUGGGGUCUUCGGCAGAAGCUUCUUUUGGUGGCUGAAUCCGAUGCUUGCCACAGGAUUUCGGAGACUUAUGACUCUUGAUGAUCUAUUCGUGACAGACAAUGCUCUUCUUUCUGAGCCGCUGGGCGAAGAGAUGAAGAAGUCGUGGAAUAAAUAUCGCUCUUCAGGACGAUGGGCUCUUGCUUAUGCUGUAUUUCAUUCUCUGAGAUAUUCAUUGGCUCUAAUCGUAUUUCCCCGCCUGUGUCUCAUUGGAUUCAAUUAUGCUCAACCAUUCCUCAUCAGCAGCGCCAUCAUCUACGUCUCAAAGCCUGCAGCCCUUGAGGACAAGAAUAAUGGAUACGGUUUGAUUGGCGCCACCGCUUUGAUCUAUCUUGGCAUCACGUUUUGUACGACUCAUUAUCAACAUCAAAUCUAUCGAUCAUGCACGCAAUUCAGAGGCGGAAUGAUUGCACUCAUCUAUGACAAGACAUUGAAGAUGCAAGCUGACCUCGCGGAUGAGUCCCGCUCUAUCACACUGAUGGGUACCGACAUCGACCGCCUCGUUGUUAGUCUCGAUUCGCUUUGUGAAGCAGUACCCAGACUCAUCGAGCUAUGCAUCGGCAUUUGGCUGCUGGCUACGCGACUCGGAUGGGUCUGUGUGGCACCGAUUAUCGUGACCAUCAUCUCUGUGGUUGCCUCAAGCAGGGUAACUAAACUCGUUGGCGGUAGGCAACGUCAGUGGGUUACUGCCAUCCAGCGCAGAGUCUCCAUGACUUCUUCGAUGCUAGGAUCUAUGAAAAGCGUCAAGAUGAUGGGAUUAUCCAACUUUCUUACCGACACCUUGCAAAACCAGAGGAUUCGUGAGCUCGAUCUUUCGAAGCACUUCAGAGUCAUGGGACUUUGGAGAAUGAUGUUGUCUUUCCUGCCACCAAUUCUCGGACCCUUAGCCACUUUUGUCAUAUAUGCGAUACAAGCAUCCGCAAAAGGUACUUCGCAGUUAUCAACAAGCGAAACGUUUUCAUCACUUUCAAUCAUCACUCUCUUGACCUCACCAGCAUCCGAGUUCCUUAUGUCGCUUCCGUUGAUUGGAAUGUCAACUGGUUGUCUGGAUAGAAUCCAGAACUUCCUCCUGAACGAGGACUGUGAAGACGAAAGACUGCUUAGCAGGGGACGUUCCGACAUGCCUGAAAGGUCAUCUGACACGGACAACGUCAUCGAACUGCAAGAUCUCAGUAAAGAGUCCAACGACCUCGCUCUGUCAGUGCAAAACGCAACCAUCCGCCCCGCCGUGACUGCACCACCAGCACUUCACGACAUAAGCUUUCAGGCUGUCAAGGGCUCAAUAACGAUGGUCAUUGGAGUAGUCGGAUCUGGCAAGUCCACCCUGCUUAAGGCUAUUAUUGGAGAGCUUCGCUGUGACAGUGGUUCUAUUUCGGCGUACUCACAAGACUCGGCUUACUGCAGUCAAACCCCAUGGCUUCAGAAUGCUACAGUCAGAGAUAUCAUCUGUGGCCCCGCGGGGAAUGCCGAGGGAGAUGAGCAGUGGUAUAGAACAGCUGUGCAUGCCUGCGCAUUCGACCAGGAUAUUAUGGAGUUGCCAGACCAAGAUGAUACGCUCAUCGGAAGCCGCGGUGUGACGCUUAGCGGCGGCCAGAAACAGAGACUGGCACUCGCGAGAGCAGUAUAUGCUCGACGAGAUCUCAUUGUUCUUGACGACGUUCUCAGUGCCAUUGAUGCUGCCACGGAGCACCAAGUUGUAGAACGUUUGUUGGGCAGUCAAGGAGUCUUUAAGAAGCUAGGAAGCACUGUGGUUUUGGCGACACAUGCGAUUCACCACCUCCCAUUGGCAGAUAAUAUCAUCGUGCUUGGCCAUGACGGUGCAGUCCUCGAACAAGGGGCGUUCGAACAGCUCAGAUCUCAAGGUGGAUUCGUAAGCAAUCUCAUCAUUCAUCCGGGCGUUCUUGGAGGGCUUGAUGCUGGUCCAGCGGCGGAAGGGAAAGCCCAAGCGUCCAAGGCCGCCGUUCAGCUUCCAGACACGAGCGAUUUGAGUCGGCAAAUAGGCGACGUUGCUGUGUACAAGUACUAUUUCUGCUCCAUUGGUUGGAAAGUUGUGGCGUGGAAUCUUACGUCGUCUUUCACCUACAUGCUAGGAAAUCAAUUUCCAUCACUUUGGCUCAACUUUUACGCCGAGGGAAUAGUCAAAAGUCUUCCUCUGUUUGCCUCGGUAUAUGCUGCUUGCGCCGUUAUUGCUCUUUCAGCAGCAACUAUGGUUCUUUACACUUUAUAUAUGCAAAUUACCCCGAGAUCUGGAGCUAGUCUGCAUCGAAUCCUCCUGAACUCUGUCAUGCGCGCACCACAAGCUUUCUUUGAUAACACAGACUCGGGCCUCAUUUUGAAUCGUUUCAGUCAAGAUAUGACUUUGAUCGAUGGAAGUCUCCCUGCUGCUGCGGUCAUGGCGUCUUCAGCUAGCUGGCAAUGCCUUGCACAAUUCGGAUUGAUCGCAAUCGGGUCGAGCUACAUGGCCCUCACAUGUCCUCUUCUCCUCGUGGCGGCUUAUUUUCUUCAAAAGUAUUACCUUCGAACAUCGCGACAAAUGAGAUUUCUUGAUCUAGAGUGCAAGAGUCCUCUCUUCACACAGUUCACUGAGACCCUGGAAGGACUCUCUACGAUCCGUGCGUUUGGCUGGCAGCAUCAUUUCAUACGCGAGAAUAUCAAACGACUCGACACAUCUCAGAGGCCAUAUUAUCUUCUUUAUUGCAUCCAGAGAUGGCUCAAUCUGGUUCUCUUACUGAUUGUCGGUGUUACAGCAACUGUUGUCAUGGCGCUGGCCACAAACCUGACACAAACGACGAGUGGUGGACGUCUCGGUGUUUCGCUCAGUUCAAUUGUCAAUUUCAAUUCCUCCCUUUCACUGUUGAUGAUGUUCUGGACCCAAUUAGAAACCUCGCUUGGGGCAGUGGCACGAGUGAAAGGGUUUCAGGACAGUACGGAGUCGGAGCACAAAGAACAAGAGAAUUUCGAGCCCUCCGAGAAUUGGCCUACACAUGGCGAAAUCCACAUCAAGAACGUGUCUGCGUCAUAUGGAGAUAACCCUGCUCUUCGAAGCAUAUCCUUGACAAUCAAGGCUGGAGAAAAGAUUGGAAUCUGCGGUCGAACUGGAAGUGGCAAGAGCACCCUUCUGUCCGUCCUUCUUCGCCUCGUCGACAUGACAGCAGGAACCAUAAUAAUCGAUGAUCUGGACCUUUCCAGGCUACCCAGAGAGACCGUACGCACACGAAUCACGGCCAUACCUCAAGAUCCAUUCAUCGUAGCAGGCUCAGUACGGCUCAACGCAGACCCGAAAUCCACAUCCUUGGACGCUGAUAUCAUUACUGCUCUAACGAAGGUCAAUCUUUGGCCUUUGCUGUCGUCUCGCGGAGGGCUCGAUGCCGACAUGUCCGCGAAUCCUCUCUCUCAAGGCCAACAGCAGAUUUUCUGUCUUGCAAGAGCGAUGCUGAGAGGUGGCAAUGACAAUGAAUCCGGCAACAGGAUCUUAGUGUUGGAUGAGGCAACUAGCAAUGUCGAUGCAGAGACUGAUAGGUUGAUGCAGAAGCUGAUCAGAGAGGAGUUUGGGAAAUACACGAUCCUCACGGUUGCGCACAGACUGGACACUAUUCUUGACGCGGAUAGAGUUGUUGUUAUGGAUAGUGGGAGGGUCGUAGAAGUAGGUGAGCCGCUGGAUCUGUUGAAGAGGGAAAAUUCGGCUUUCAGGGCAUUGAGAGGUAGAAGUGAGUAAAUUCGAAGGUGGAGUCACAAUGCAUCCAUACUGCUACGGUCACCUGCCCGCUGGACUCUCAACUAUUUGUAGAUUGAUAGUAGCCUACCAUGGAAGCCACUAGAAUUAGUCUUGUGUAAACUUCCAGUUAUCAGCAAUGCUACUAC